AUGAGCGUACGGGUUGUUGCACGGGUCAGGCCGUUGUUAAAGUCGGAAAGAGAUGUUGACAUUAUCCUUCAUACGGGAUCCAAGCAUACUCUGCCUAAUAAGGCGGAGAGGGAGAGCUCUCAAGCGACGUCAAAACUAGCUGCGCUAAGAGACCGAGACACAAUCGUACGAAUCCCGAACCCGAAAAACGAGAACGAGGAGUACUCGUUCCAGUUCAACGCAGUCUACGAUGCAAAAGUGACUCAGCAGGAGCUUUUUGAGGCGGAGGUUUCCCCGACCGUCAAGCACCUGUUCAACGGCUUCGAUGUCACAAUAUUUGCGUAUGGAGUUACGGGAACGGGGAAAACGCACACAAUGCGAGGCGGUAAAAGCCUUGCUGACAGAGGUGUAAUUCCACGUCUCUUGAGUAGCAUAUACCGGCGGAGCCGCAAGCUGGAGAAGGAUAGCGAUGGACAAACGUCAGUGAGCGUCUCCUUGAGUUAUUACGAAAUCUACAACGAUAAGGUCUUCGACUUGUUUGAGCCGCCGGAAAAGAGAACAUUGGCGGGGUUGCCACUCAGGGACAACAGCGGAAAGACCGUAGUCGUGGGCUUGACAGAGAGGCCGUGCCAUACCCUGAAGGAAUUUGAGACCCUGUAUGACCAGGCGAAUAUCAACCGAUCCACAUCCGCUACCAAGGUUUGUUUCUUGAUGGUCAUGACGGCAAGAUCACACAAAGCUGACAAGACACAGCUAAACGCUCACUCAUCACGGUCUCAUGCUAUUCUGUGCGUUAAGGUUGCGGUCACUACAGGUGACAAAACACGUAUCAGCACUGCGUCGGCCAUUGAUCUUGCAGGUUCUGAGGACAACCGUCGAACAGAUAAUGACAAGGAACGCAUGGUGGAAUCAGCCAGCAUCAACAAAAGCCUCUUUGUCCUGGCCCAAUGUGUAGAGGCAAUUACUAAAAAGCAUCAACGUAUACCGUACCGGGAAUCCAAGAUGACCAGGAUACUAUCAUUGGGUCAGAACAAUGGGCUGACCGUAAUGAUCUUAAACUUGGCUCCUGUCAGGUCCUACCACCUUGACACAAUCAGCUCACUUAACUUCGCCAACCGCACCAAGAAGAUUGAACUACGUGAAGUGGAAAAUGAGCCAAUUUUCAAGGGGCCCCCAAGACCUGCCGCCCGGCCCUCAGUCACAUCCCAACGGCAACCUCUUCGCCCAUUGACAGCAUCUGUUAAUGUCAACCUAGCUGCCAAUAAAGAUGCUGCGAAACCCGUCGACAAACCAGCAAAAGCAUUCAGCGUUUAUGCAGAUAAGCCACACUCAAGGACAUCAUCUCAGUUCAAGAAGCCCGAAAUACCCAGUCGACCUUCAAUAAGCUCAGAGCUACCCGGAUCACGCUCCACGAAGGCCAGUCGAAUUGCACAACCGCCCAAAGCUCCCCCAAAAUACCAGCAGGAGGAUAUCUCCGCUAAGAUAGAGGAACUAGUAGAGAAAAAGGUGGAAGAGAUAUUGGCUGUGCGCGCGGUCAGCGAGAAGUCGAGGCAAACACAGGUCCGCGAACUGAAUGAACAGGUCCAACGGCGCCUGGAACUUCUAGAGCAGCGAAUCGAGGGCUCCGAAGAUAGCAGAGCCGAGGGACUAUCCUAUCUUCUCAUGGCAAAACAGCAUCAAGGUCGUGGCGAAGAUAUCUCAGCGUUGAGAAUGUACCAGCUGGCUCUCCCAUUUUUCCCGCAAAACGAGAAGCUCGCCAAAAAGAUCAGCAAUCUGAAACAGCGGAUCCAAAAUAAAUCUCACCAGAGCAUUGAAACGACUAGCACCCCAGCGCCAGCGAUCAAGAAGGAAAUGGGCAGUAUACUCUCCCUACCGUCGUCCGGAAAACAAGGCACCAAACGACCCGCCGCAGAAGAUGCUGACGCAGAUUACGAAGACCACGACUCUUACACCUCGGAUUCAGAAGAAGAAUUUGACUUAACAGUAUCCUCCCAUAUCAAGCGCAAGAAGCGCGCAAAGACGGCCAAGCAGACCAACCCCGAACUAGGUCUGGCGACCGUUGACGACGACGACCUCACCGUCCCCUCUCCUCGAACAAUUCACCUUCUUUCCAUCAUCAACUCGCGAGAUGUCAGCCAGAUAAAGCUUCUCAAAGAAUCUUGCAGAAGGCUGCGAUGA